AUGGAGCUUACUCUGGUUGAAUUUAAACAUUCAAUAGAAGAAGGAGAUACUGUUUUGUUUUAUUUUGCUGGGCACGGAACACAAUGGGAAGAUCAAAAUUUUUUGAUACCAUGCGAUGAUGCUGACAUUGCAGUUAAAGGUGUAAAAAAUCGUGCAAUUCUUGCACAAAAAUUGUUGGAUGAAUUAACCGAUCGAAAUCCAUUUGUAACCAUAUUUUUAUUGGACUGUUGCAGACUGUAUUACUUACGUGAUCGUAAUUUAGAACAGCUACGUGCUCGUGAUGAAAAUUCAGAUACUCCAAAAUCAAGUGGCUUAAAAGAAAUGCACCUUAGUGCAGGCUCACUUAUUGCUUUCGCAUGUGCACCUGGAGCUAUAGCUAAUGAUUUGGAUGAAGGACAGCGAAAUGGUUUUUUUACCAAGUAUCUGUUACAACAUAUUGGAACUGCCAAUGAAGAUAUUCGAAUGAGUUGGCUAAAAUUUUAA